AUGAACUUCUUGUCUAGCGUUGAGCAAAUUCUAAGGAAGCAUCUGUCUAUUUUGGACUUUCGCUUCGAUUCACUUCAAGGACCACUUCCAACUCCACCACAGGCAAUGCAUUUUUUCUUAAUCUCAAACAAUGAGUUGGUUGGAGAGAUCCCUUCCAAGAUUUGCAAUUUGAGUUUUCUUUCUGUACUUGACUUGUCUACUAACAAUUUGGGUGGAACUAUUCCAGAUUGUCUUAAGAAUUUUAGCAUCCAGCGUUCAAUGGUUAUUUUGGGAACAGUUAAUCUGAAUGUUAACCAACUUGAAGGAUCAAUUCCGCAGUCACUAAAGAAUUGCCACAGUAAGCUUCCACAUCUGCAAGUUCUUGUCCUUCGAUCUAAUAGAUUCCAUGGUGACAUACAAAAUUUUAAUGGAACAUUUUCCUUCAGUAGCCUUCGAAUGAUUGAUCUCUCUCAAAAUGAGUUCACUGGUCAUAUCCCACCCGAGCUAUUUGAAAAUUUAAAAUCAAUGAAAGAUAUGCAGGUAGACGAAAGUGGUCCAGAGUACAUUAGACUAGAUUAUUAUCAAGACUCUGUAAUUAUAACAAUGAAAGGGUCGGAUUUCGAACUUGAGAGAAUUUUAACUUUUUUCAUAGUUGUUGAUUUUUCAAGCAACCAUUUCAAGGGGUCGAUUCCUAAAGAAGUUGGAGAACUUAACUCACUCAUUGUGCUCAACUUCUCGCACAAUAGAUUAGCAAGUAAUAUCCCACCAUCACUUGGAAAAAUGACAGCACUUGAAUCAUUGGAUCUCUCGUCAAACAAGCUUCAAGGAAGAAUCCUAGUGCAGUUAACUGACUUGAAAAAUCUUGGAGAAUUGAAUCUUUCUCAUAACAAUCUUGAGGGGCAGAUACUGUUAGAUAAUCAUUUCGAUACUUUCUCAAACGAUUCCUUCGAUGGCAACUUCGGAUUAUGUGGAUUUCCAUUCAAUGGGUUAUGGAAGUGGACUAGUGCUUGGAUUGAGUAUGGGAUACAUAGUUUUCACAACUGGGAGACCCCGUUGGCUAGUGAAGAUGAUCAAGCGAAACCCACAAAAGAGAAGAAGGAUCCAAAUGGAAGGAGAAAGAAUUAG